AUUUGAAAAGAUUAACGAGCAAAAGAAGCUCCAAAGCUCUGUUCUCCCCGGAUCCAGUCGCCCCUCUGUCUCUGUCACUUUUGUGUAUAACUGUAUAUAAACAGGGGCCUUGCUUCAACUUUAGCUUCAAACACCUCACUUUCCCUCUUUCUCUUUCUCUUUCUCUCUCUCGAUCGUCCUUUCUCAGUAGAACCACAGCAGAAAAAGGGGAAGAAAACCUCCUUUUAUCUAUUUCUCUCGUAACUAACUCUAUCAUCCCUCUCUCCCAAAUGGGUUUCUUGACAUUGGUCGCUGCUCUGCUACUAUUAGCAGCAGAAACAAGUGGGAGCUUCUUGACGAGCAGCAGUGACAGUGAGGGUACAUUUCCCAGAAACAGCAGCAGCAGCAGCGGGAGAAGAGAAGCAUUAGGUGUGAGCAAAUGCAAUUGGUUCCGAGGGAAAUGGGUGUACGAUUCUUCAUACCCUCUCUACGACCCUGCCAAAUGUCCAUUCCUAGAUCCAGAGUUCGACUGCCUCAAAUUCGGCCGCCCCGACAAGAAUUACGUCAAGUACAGAUGGCAGCCCUUCGCCUGCAAUCUCCCCAGGUUUAAUGGGUUGAACUUGCUGGAGAAAUGGAGAGGGAAGAAGAUAAUGUUCGUGGGGGACUCGCUGAGCUUGAACCAGUGGCAGUCUCUGGCUUGUAUGAUUCAUUCCUGGGUCCCCAACUCCAGAUACUCCCUCGUCAGGACUGAAGCCCUGUCUUCUGUGACCUUCCUGGUAAUGUCUAAUCACUUCAAUUUCCACCUCCCCUCCCUCCUUUCUUUACUAUUUCACGGAAGAAAGAAGUUGAAUUGUUGUACAUUCCACAUUAAAUUCCACCGCCGUGGCAUGUCUACCCAGCUCUACUCUGUUUCUGGAAGUAGGGAUUCUGGCAAGAAAGGUUGCCGUUUAAGGAACAAAGAGGAGCCAGAUUUGUGGAACACAAUCCCUUUACUCCACAACCCAAAACAAAACAAGAAUGCCUUCUUUGCCUUGUCCGAUCCUGAGCGGCGUCCACUAGUUGCUUUGCUACUGGCACGUUGCUUUGCUUUGGCAAUGGUGGAGUAUGGAGUGAGGAUACUGCUGUACAGAACGCCAUACCUGGUGGACAUCGUGAACGACAGGAAAGCAGGACGAGUCCUCAAACUGGACUCCAUCGCCAACGGCAACGCCUGGCGCGGAAUGGACGUCCUCAUCUUCAACUCCUGGCACUGGUGGACUCACACCGGCAGAACUCAGCCGUAUGCCCCCUCACCCAGCUCCAUUAAUACAUCAUUUUCUGCUACUCAUAAAUCGAGCACGAUUCAAAAUCCGAAAUGCAGAUGGGAUUACAUACAAGACGGCAACAAGCUGUACAAGGACAUGAACAGGCUAGUGGCCUACUACAAAGGGCUCACGACGUGGGCCAGAUGGGUGGAUCGCAACGUCGAUCCCAGGAGGACCAAAGUCUUCUUCCAGGACAUCUCCCCAACGCAUUACGACGGCAGGGAGUGGAACCAGCCGUCGCAGACGUGUUCAGGGCAGACCCAGCCCUUCUUUGGGGUAAGGUACCCUGCCGGGAUGCCUCCCGCGUGGGCGGUGGUGAACAAGGUGUUCAGCAGGAUCAAGAUCAGGCCAGUGUACCUUAUGGACGUCACCGGUAUGUCCUUGUACAGGAAGGAUGCUCACCCUGGUUCCUAUAGCGGACUCCACUCGGGCACCGAUUGUAGCCAUUGGUGCCUUCCUGGCCUCCCUGAUACCUGGAACCUACUCCUCUACUCAGCUUACAUCAGCUAGCUACCAACUCCGAAUCGGAAUUAGAGUCUUACACGACCAAAGGUGACUAUAGGAAUCAUUGCUUCGAUGAUUAUAGGAAUCGACUUGAGUGGAUUGCUGUUCUUUUCCAAGAUUUAUAAUUUUUUGGGGGGUUUGGCCUUUGUAUGUUCUUGUGGCAAGUAUGGAAUAAGGUGGGUUUGGUGUGGGGGGGGUGGGUCAAUUCAUAUCAUAUGUGCAUAUUCUUCUGGUGUAAAUUUCCAUUGCAUUGUUUGAGGCAACACUUUGAAUUUUUUUCCUUGGUAGUUGAAAGAAAUGGAAAUCUCCUUUUGUGAAAUAAAGCCUGU